AUGUCGCAGCCUCCAAGCUCGGAUUCAGAUGCAACUCUUCUUCAGAAAGGCGAAUGGUACGCGAUGAUGAUUGGGAGGACAGUGGACAUGAAGCAGAUGGCUAUGAAGGCGAUGGAGGUGAGGGAGCGAUUACUAGGCGGAGAUGAUCAAAAAACCAGGGAUUCCUUGAUGACAAUUACCCGGGCCUAUGUUCUUGAAGGUCAAUGGAAACAGGCCGAGGACCUAGCGGAGCAGCUCAUUUCAGUAUCCAAGCGAGUGAUAGGAGCAGAGCAUCCGACUACGCUCACUGCCAUGACUUAUCUAGCUUUGACCAAAUGGUAUCAAGGCCGAUGGCAGGAGGCAGAGCUCUUGGACUUGGAAGUUCUCGAGAGACGAAAGCGCGUGCUUGGCGCAGAAGAUCUAGACACCGUUACGAGUAUGAGCAAUCUAGCUUUGACGUAUUGGAACCAAGGCCGAUGGCAAGAAGCAGAAAAACUCCACUCUCAAGUGCUUGAUAUUCGAAGGCGGUUACUUGGACCAAAGCAUCCAAAUACCCUUACCAGCAUGAAUAAUCUUGCCACGACAUACUGGAACCAAGGGCGAUGGCAGGACGCAGAAAAGCUCGGAAAGGAAGUCCUCGAUACUCGCAUUGACUUACUUGGACGCGAGCACCUAGACACUUUGACUAGCAUGAAUAAUCUAGCAUUGGUAUACCGCGACAAAGGCCGAUUGGUGGAUGCAGAAUCUUUAUCCGUUAAAGUGCUUGAGGUCUAUAUGACUCUCCAAGGACGAGAUCAUCAAAACGCACUUGGUAGCAUGGACAACCUUGCUUCACUCUAUCGAAAUCAAGGCCGAUGGACCGAAGCAGAAGCACUACAAGCACAAGUUCUCACGAUUCGGGAGCAGAUUCUGGGUCUAGAUCAUCCUGAUACAUUAAAAAGUCGAUGGGACGAUGCUGAAGUCUUACUAACAAGCGUGAUUGAGAGUACUCGGAAUUUACUUGGUCCCAAGCAUCCAGAUGUGCUUUUGAGCAUGCGUGAUCUAGCAUUGACCUACAAAAGUCAAGGAAGACUCACGGAGGCAGAGAAAGUUUUGCUGCAAACCAUGGAAGAUCAGCAAGCAUAUCUCGGUGAAAGACAUACAGAUACGCUUCGUUCCGUGAGGAAUUUGGCUUCCGUUUUCCUUGAGCAGGACAGAUUUGAGGAUGCUGAAGCCCUGCAGGCUAAGGCACUCGGAAUAGGGCAAGAGGUAUUCGGAGAGGGGAAUCCAAGAGUGCUCUCAAACAUGAGUGACCUGGCCUUAAUCCAUAGGAUGCAAGGGCAUUGGUAUGACGCUGAGGAAAUACUUGUGCGAGUGAAGAAUGCUCGUCAGAAAAUACUGGGCCCAGAACACUCCGACACGCUGAAUAGCAUGGAAACCUUAGCAUUCUUGAGGGAGAAGGCUGAGCAGCUCCAGGUGCAGGUCAUGGAGACGAGUAAGAGAACGCUCGGCGCAGACCAUCCCGACACGCUGAAGAGCAUGAACAACCUAGCGUUGACUUAUGGUGAUCUUGGCACUCUUCGACUGCCAUAA